AUGGAUGGCAAUACAACCAAUGUACCGUCUGAUAUCGCCUAUGCCUGGUCCAUUGGCAAUAUACCUCCUGAAAUUACAUUGGCAACAUUGCUAGACUCGCGCGACGGGCCAAACAAGAUUGGCAUAUAUGUGGUCUUCGUUUUGGCUUUUCUUUUCUUGUUCAUUCGAUGUUAUUCACGGAUAUUCAUUGUGAGGAAGUUUGGGUUAGAUGACUGGCUGGCGUGUCUUACUUUUAUUCUCUAUAUACCACUCGUUCCACUAUGCGUCUUGUUGAUAAAUAACGGAAACGGUCGACGCAGCGCGUACGUUACCUAUGUCGUGUCCCUGGAUGACGAGCGAAUGAAUCAUGGUGAAUUGUUAGAUAUAAUCAUUCAUUUCCUUUACAUCAUCGCACUCUUUACUUGUCGCCUUUCCGGUCUCGCAUUCUACAGUCGACUAUCCGAUGCUCACGCAAAGCUUUACAUGUCUAUUCGCAUCUGCACAAUUGUCUUCGCCGUCUUCUUCCUAGCGCAAUUCUUCCUUCUGCUAUUCCACUGCAUUCCCGUUACCGGCAAAUGGCCAUACUCAUGGCAGAGUGAUUAUCAUGUAUACAAAUGCGUCAGCUGGGGUGCGGUCUAUAUCACUAUUUCAUGUCUAUCUUUUGCCUGCGACGUCGUCAUGUUCAUCAUUCCGUCCAUGUUGAUCCAUCUGUUACAUGUCCCGAUGAGGAGGAAACUGGAACUCGGCUGCGUCAUGUUUCCAGGGGUGCUUGUCCUCAUUAUAUCCGGCGCUCGUAUAGUCCUCGUUUGUCUUGGCCAGUGGUCAAGCGACAAUACAUGGUAUUACGAUCCACAACUUGCGAUCGAGAUGGCUGAAAUUGGGGCUACUCUCAUUGCUUUGUCUGUACCCGCGUUGAAACCGCUCUUCGGUGUCUACAUUCUUACCCGGAUUCGUUCCAAUCCAAGUGACAAUGGCAGUGACCGCCCGAGUCAGCCGAUCCAUUUGAAAAAAAUAAGUAACUUUACGUUACGUGCACUUGGGUACGCUCCAAAUCUUGAAGCGGUAAUAUUGACGACAGCAAGGCUCGUCUACCGACCUAGCCCGGCCGAGCUACGUGGCUCAGCUACACAUCCAGCAGCUCGGAGCCGCGUCUCUCGGCAGAGCACUGGUAAUACAGGCCAACCAGCUCUUUGCGCAAUGGAGCCCUUGGACAACCAGCAAGGGUUCAGAUAUGUGAAUGAGUACCCAAUUGACAAUCAUGCUGGACCAAUGCUCAUUCAUGCAAAGCAAAACACUUUCUGUGGUAUAUGCGGCAUGUGCAUCACUCUCGAGGAUGAGCAGGCUGUCUCUUUCGCUGUCAACCCGUAUACCACCACAGGACCUGAUGCGGUUCAGCAUCCUGAUGCUGGUAAUGAGGAAUUUGAAGAAUUACAGCAGGGAGAAGACGAAUCUCUUGACUGUACUGCUGCCAAUGAGAGAAAGUUUGGCGUGAUGCCUCGCCCAGGAUGGACUGGAAUGUACCGUGUUAUGGUCUCUCAAACAAGGUAUCGCCGUGGGGAGGAUGAGCCCAAUUACUACAUCUCCGGAGUUGGUCGCUACCAUCUUUGGGAUAGUGACCCCAAAGCUCGCAAGAUGUACAAUAAGUGUACCUACAAAGCCAAAGAGCCCAUCUUCACAGUUCCCCGUGACAAGGACGAUUCGCUGAUUGACAGGCGCCACUUUUACAACAAGGAGUUGACCCAGAAGGAGAAGAAGAGCACCACUCAGACUCCGCUUGUGAAAAGAGUCAAUGUCUAUCCGUGCCAUUACGAUGAUGCUGAGAACUGGCGGCUCUUUCCCCACGGCUUCCCCAUCCAUGACAAUUGCUGGAAAAUGGCUGUCAAUGUCAUUGGGGCGGAGAAUCUCGAGAAUGAAUUGAAAUACUUCAUCUGGGCACUUCAAGAUCGAUGGACCAAUCCGAACACGCUCAAAGAGAGCCUUAAUAUCACUGACUGGAUCGUGAAUGAACGAGGUUACCGCGGCACGACAUACUCAGCUCACCGUACUGAGUAUGAUGUCUACCAAAUUCUUGUCUCUAUGCAUGAUCCGAUUCAUGUCGAUGAGGUUGAGGAAAUAAUUGCUGAGAGCGCACGUCGAUAUACGGCCAUGAAGGAAAAGCCAGAGAGCGGUUUGUUCACGGCCCUAGACGAGUCCGUGGUGAAUGUUCUUGAUGAACUCCACCACUCCGAGGUCGAGAGCUUCCUGAAUUCGACUGAGAUUGCCGUGCCAUCGUCAUACUGGAAACGACGAGCCCCGCGAGACAUCAUCUGGGAGCUUGACUCCAUUGAUGAGAAUGUCACUCCGUUAGACUGGCAGUAUCUCUGUCUCCGCGCGGAACGCCUAUGUGAGGAGUCACUGGGUAUAAUUAACCGAAGUCGUAUCUGCAAUAUCCUGCGUGACGCGAGGUACCAUAUGUGCAAAUCGCUGGGCCGUGAUUUCUCAGAAGAUGAACGAGCAGAUAGUGAUGGAUCCUCAACUCCCACUCUCACUGCUAACGCAGGUGGGUCUACCGAGAAAGAGACGGUGGACGUGUCGGAAUGGGAGGAUGCUUUCAUGGAAGAUGAGAAUGCUACGGAGAAGUAGUAGUGUAAACGCCGGGCUUUGAUGCUUGUA